AUGAAAGCCCGAAAGCGCUUUCUCCUCAUUGUCGUCGCGUUCUUCGCGAUCCUUUUCUUCGCGUGGAAUGGCGUUCGCCGACAAUGGCGUCAAUCGGCGAACGCGACGACGAGUGGCGGCCAUUACUACUCCUUUGACUUCGACGGCGAAUACGAGGAGAACUCAAUGGGAAGCGAGUGUCGAAUGGAAUCGUGUUUCGAUUUGAAUAAAUGUCACGAAAAUGGACUCAAAGUUCAUAUUUAUCCCGAAUUUGGACUCAAAUUGAAUCCCAUUUUCGCCAAAAUCGUAGAAAUCAUCAAAAGCUCGAAAUAUUACGAAAAGGACGCGAAAAAAGGUUUCGAAAACAAUUGA